GUGAGCACUGUGUGUGUCCCCCUCCAAUUCUUUCCAUUUCCCCGCCAGCAGUGCAGUACACACAUACCAUUUGCUGUGUGUGAUUUUCAACCACCCGUUGGCCUUUGUUGCAGUGAAUCACAUGAUCCCCCACGAGGACUGACUUGUUAAAAGGUGCAACUGAGAAGCACCUGACAGACAUGCACUGGACAAGGAGAAACAACGGGCGGAAAAAAAACCAUGGAUGGAUGGAAGAGCCUGACAUGAAGCCGAGUCUCACUCACUCAAACAUCACACUACCCUACCACCAAUCCACGUCCAGUCAUCACUAACACCCGCCCGCCACCACCUAACACCGUCUCUCUCGCUAUCACACACACAUCCAGCCGGGCCGGAGCAAGAAAAAAGCCGUACACAUAACAUACAUUCCCGCCUGGAUGUGUGUGUGAGAGAGACAGACGUGAUUGUGUCUCCCUAUGGAUACACGCCGAGGCAGCACACGUCAGAGAAAGAGAGAGAGGCCUUAAGGUCAUAGGGCAGGGUAGAGUGGCUGCACGUUGUGUAGCAGUGGGCGCUGCUCGUCCGGCACACGUGACUGAGUACCGUCCGGUUCACGCGGUUGGGGAGGUGACGGCAGGGCGGCAGGAGGCUGUAGUGUUCGCAGUCUUUGCUGUAUCGUGGACAGUGUUGUCUGUAUCGUGGACAGAUCCGCGCGCACAGCUUGAACCUCAGCCGAAAAAACAUCUGAAAGGGAAAAUACACGGUGAACACAGCAUCCAUCGGUGCCCGGUGUGCUUUACGGGGUGGGAUGGGCAUGUCAGGUACGUCUUGGUCCGGCACGCGUGGCGGAGCGGCGGCCGCUGCACCAGCACCCUGAGGGGGAGUUGUGAGCGCUCUCAAUCGAGCCUGACGCUUCCUGAUUGAUGGACGGCAAAAUAGACACACAGACAGACAGACAGUGCUUGUUCUGUGUCGUGUUGUGUCGUGCAGUUGUCUGCCUGCCUCCGUGCAUGUCUUUCAGUCUGGGUGCCCAACUCCCUCCUCUCUGUCCCGUGCGUACUGCCAGUCGACGAGGUAUUCCACUAUCCCCCAAUGCUUCUUUGAGGGCCGGUAACACUCAUGGACCUCACUCAGAUGGCGAACCAUAGGAAGCGUGUUCGUGUUGCCCAUGGCGGCGGGUUCUCUCGUCCCCUCCAAGCUCCGAAGUCACAGCCAGUCAGUCAAACUGUUAAACCACUUCCUUCUUACCUCGCUGUGUCGGUUGUGUGGUUUCAGGACACGAGGCAGGCCGCCUGGAUGGAUGCGUGCUGCAAGGAAGCUGCAUGAAUGAGGAAGGCAGAGAGGUGACGAAAUGAAGCGCUUCCUUCGCCAGUGGAUCUGCGUGUUACCUGCCGGGCGACGCGUGUGGUUUUGGUGCGGAGAUCUGUC